GGCAAACCUGGAGGAAGGCAAGAAACGUGUUGGGACCUGAAUUUGCAAGCUGAGCCUUGAAAGUAAGUGGAAGCUGUAGCCUGGUUCCGCCCCCGCUCCCCUUAGAGAGCGGCUGAUUCCAGACAGCCUUGAGCUGGGAAGAGCCUGGGGGAGAGGCGUAAGGCUCCUUUGCCGGCUAGAGGAGGAAGAGCAGCAAGAACAGCCUUGGGUCACAAGCGUAGCUUGGAGGCAGGGCUGCAGGCUCGUCCCCGCUACGUAGCUCCGGAGUAGACGCAUCCACAACCCCAGGCUGCGCAUUAAAUGGCUGGCUAUGCUACUACUCCUAACCCUAUGCAGACCCUUCCGGAGGAAGCAGUGUGUGCCAUUUGCCUGGAUUACUUCAAGGAUCCCGUUUCUAUAGGCUGUGGGCACAACUUCUGCCGAGGGUGUGUGACCCAACUAUGGGGCAAGGAAGAUGAGGAAGACAGGGGCGAGGAAGAUGAUGGAUGGGAGGAAGACGAGGAUGACGAUGCGGAGGGGGCCGUCGAUGGAUGGGACAACUCUAUUCGAGAGGUUUUGUACCAGGGCAGUGCUGACGAGGUGUUUCAGGACCAAGAUGAUGAACUCUGGAUUGGUGAUGGUGGCAUCGGGAAUUGGGACAUGGACUAUGUGUGGGACCAGGAGGAAGAAAAGGAGGAAGAUCAGGACUAUUACCUGGGAGGCUUGAGACAUGACCUGAGAAUUGACGUCUACCCACAGGAGGAGAUACUGGAAGAAUACGAUGAGGACGACGAAGAGCUGUAUCCUGAUACCCGCUUGCCUGCUCCUCCUCCUCCCCCUCCACCGGGCCCUUCACGUCAGUUCAUCUGCCCCCAGUGCCGAAAGAGCUUUUCGCGUCGCAGCUUUCGUCCCAACUUGCAGCUAGCCAACAAGGUUCAGAUAAUUCGCCAGGUGAGCCCCACUCCUUAUCGCGGAAGCCGGGGGAAUGAUCAGGGCAUCUGCUCCAAACAUCAGGAAGCCCUGAAACUCUUCUGUGAAGUGGAUGAAGAGGCCAUCUGUGUGGUGUGCCGAGAAUCCAGGAGCCACAAACAGCACAGCGUGGUGCCAGUGGAGGAGGUGGUGCAAGAGUAUAAGGCACAACUGGAUGCCUGUAUUGCCCUGCUACCCAGCUGCCACCAAUAAAAUCAUUCAUCGUUCUGCAAGAGAGACCAGAUGCUUCCAUCAUCAAUACUCCUUUUUCUGUUUUUUCCUUUGAGGUAGCUAAAGAUGGCAGCCAAAAUUUUUUUUGAGGCUUUUAUCAAGUAUAUAUUCACAUUAUGAUGCAGAAGAUAGGGUCAUCUUCUUCAGUUGAGUUACCAGUUACCUGAAAAUGUUGGGCAGUGACACCAUGCCAAACACUGUUAAAUUUAUGCCAUUAAAAACAGUGGAGUAUUCUGCAAAGCACAAUUCUCUGAAGCUUUAAGAUUGGACAACAAUCUUCAAAAGCUAUGAAAGCACAAUAAAUAGCCCUUUUAAUUGCAAAGGAGAAAAAAAUGGAGAAACUUGUGAAGCCUUGCAUUCCAAGUGCUGCCACAACUUUGAGAGGAAAUUGAGGAAUUCCAGACUUUCGUCAUCUACUUCUACAGUCUUAACUCGGAAAUGAUGACUGAACAUAUCAAACUUCAGGUUUUAAAAACUUUAGCUCAUCCUUCUUUGCUGUUGAGAUGAAUCUACUGAUAAAAAUGUGUGCUUUGCUUAUGUUUAAAAUAAAGCUUUAAAAAGUGUGGGUGUGGUGGUUUCAUAAACAUAAUACUUGACCACUAAAGACAAGUAUUUUUGAAACUGUAUCAAAUGAACUGAGUUGGAGGAAAAUUAUAAGAGUAUACACUGGUGGUGCUACAGUAACGGAAUGUUCUAAAUCUGGGUUUUUGGCAAGAACUAAAGAAAACUGUGUUUAAGAUGUAUUGUAGCAAUCCCCACCAAGCAUCCACUUCCAUCGACUGGCCCAUAAUCUACUGGAAAUCUUCACCUUGCUGUCACCAUAACCCUUGUGGAAAACAGUAGAUUUGAUCCCAGUUUGCCUUGAUUUUUGAAGAUCUAUUCAGAAUGCCACUGAGAGUGUUUUCUGUUACAUACUCCAGUUCCUUAGUUGUUAAACAAUUGUAUUCAGCUGAAUUUAUGAACAGCACUGAUUUUGAAACACCAAUGACAAAAUAACCCUCUGAUUUUGGAACACCAUCUAAAGAGAAUCUGUACUUUAAAUUUUCAAGAGUUAAAACUUUUGACAGAAUGUAUUGGAUUGAAGCUUAAAAUACAUUGACCCUGAAAUGUCAAAAGGCAAACACCAACAUCACUGCUUAUUAUGAAAUACUUUAAGCAAAACUUGCCAAAAAUCCAGCUACACAUAGCAAACUCAUGCUAACAAUUUCGAAUAUGCUUGGCCAAUCUUUCAAGGACUAGAUUUCUGAAUGUUAUUUCAAGACAAAAAUAUGAAACAUCUGGAACUAUUUUGGGUGAUUGUUAUUGGCCUUGUUCUUAACAACCUC